AUGAAGGAUAUAGAAUCAAGGAAUAUUGGCAUUGCAGGCUCUGCUCUAUAUGAGAGAUGCAGGGUUGCUGUGGCGAUCCUGUGGCGCAUGACGCAUUCCAAGGCUUCUUCUCCCUGA